AUGGCCGCAAAUCCCAUUGGUGAGACGCUCAUUAUCGGCGCACCCGGCGUUGAGGGCAAGACGACUGUUGUUUCCUCCCACGAAGCCAUCAAUACUUUCACCGAUGAGAAGCACCGCCUGGCUGAGAGCGAUGAAGGGUCUGAAAAAAAGGGUGUGUUGGAGCCGGAGAUUAAGGCCGCUUUGCCUUCGUACGACAGUGCCGACGAAGACGAUGACCAUCGCAUCAUCGUCACUGGAGCCGAUGCCGCUGCUCACUUGUUGCCCAUGCGAGACGACCAAGAGCCGGCCUUGACGUUUCGAAGCAUUUUCCUAGCGACCAUACUGUCUGCAUUCCAGGCUUUCAAGCCAACUGCCAUUACGAUCCAAGGAACCUUCAUUGUCCUCAUAGCCUUCUUCCUCGGUAACGCCUGGGCCAAGAUACUCCCACGUGGCGAGAAGUUCGAAGCUCGAUGGAGGGCUGCCGGUGGUGUUGGCAAGGUACCCCUCUACAUCCAGAUCAUCUCCUUCUUCAACAAGGGUCCCUGGAGUCUGAAGGAGCAUGCUAUCACAUCUAUCACAGCCACUUCAGCAUCGAUUGCUGCUCCUAGCAGUCAGGUCUUCGCUGCCCAAGACAUUUUCUAUGACCUCCCUCUGAACCCUGUGACCGUCAUUUUUAGCACCAUCUCGAUUGGUCUGUUCGGCUAUGGUAUUUGCGGUAUCAUGCGCCCCAUCUGCGUUUGGCACGUCGAUGCGGUCUACUGGAGCAGUCUGCCGACUGUGAAGGUUAUUCAAGGUCUGCAUUGGCAGUCGGUCAAAGACUCCAAACCGAUGAGAUGGUUCUGGAUCGCGUUCUCGUGCAUGUUUGCCUACGAGUUCUUCCCAGCGUACAUCUUCCCAUGGCUCAACUCGGUCUCGAUCCCCUGCUUGGCUGCUAUGCACGCAACUGGAUCCAAAGCUGCCACGCUUACGAAUAUCUUCGGUGGUGCUAGUAACAACGAAGGCCUGGGUCUCUUCACCUUAUCCUUUGACUGGCAAUACUCAUCACUUCCACUGAAGUUACAGCUGCAUCAGACUGCUGGUCUCAUUGUCUGCUUCAUCGUUAUGCUCGCCAUCUAUUAUGGCAACGCCUGGAACUCGAAGUCGUAUCCGUUUAUGUCGACACGUCUGCUGACUCAGGCCGGUGGAAAAUACCCCAGCACAAAGGUGUUCGUGAACGGUGUGCUUGACAAGAGCGCAUUGGCCAAAUACGGCCUGCCAAGACUCACGGGCACUUUUGCCUACGCUAUGUUUAUGGCAAACGCUGCGAUCGGAGCCCUGAUCGCCCAUAUUGUUCUCUUCUGGGGUGGCGAUAUCGUCAGGACAUUCAAGUCGGCCAAGAAAGGCAACUUCAGCGACCCACAUCACGCCUACAUGCACAAGCACUACAGAGAAGCACCCUGGUGGUGGUACGUGGCUGUGCUUGUCUUCAGUUUCGUUCUCGGUCUCAUUGUUGUCAUCAAAGAGAACAUCACUCUGCCCGUUUGGGCUUACAUUAUUGCUCUGCUGAUGGGAACAAUCAUCGCACCCUUCAGCACGAUCCUCUACUCUCGUUUCGGCAACGGUAUCGCGACAAAUAACUUGUCUAAGGUCAUCGCCGGUUUGAUGUUGCCUGGACGCCCCAUAGGCAAUAUGUACUUCGCUGCAUGGUCCCACAACGUCAUCAACGGCACUGUGCAGCUCAGUAUGGACCUGAAACUCGGAGAAUACCUCAAGAUUCCUCCUCGCGUCAUGUUCUUGACGCAGGUCUACGGGACCGUGCUUGGUGGCUUUAUCAACUACGCCAUUAUGAUCUCCAUCGUCGCAGGCAACCGGGAAUUGCUUGCUGAUACCAACGGUGACGCGGCAUGGAGUGGUGCUAACAUUCAGUCGUACAACACCAACGCAUCCACUUGGGCGCUUGCAGCCUACAUCUACAAGCAGGGUCAAACAUACUCCAUUGUACCUUUCGGCCUCCUCAUCGGAGCCGGUAUCGUCGCCGCGCACCGCAUCUUUGCGCAUUUUGUUCCUCGGAUCGGCAAGUUCUCUCUCGAAGAGAUCAAUCUCCCGCAAUUCAUUCAGUAUGCUGGUUACAUCCCGUACAACCAAUCACAGACAUGCGUUCUUCUCAGCUGGACCAUCGUUGGUUUCUACACUCAGUUCUACCUCCGCAACUACCGCCCGCGCAUCUUCAAGGACUACUCAUACCUCAUCGCUGGUGCCUUUGAUGGCGCUAGUCUGACGUGUCUGUUCAUCCUAUCAUUCGCUGUAUUUGGCGCUGGUGGCCCUGCGGUCCCGUUCCCACAAUGGUGGGGCAACAACGUCGCUGGCAACUACGACCAUUGUCCGGUCGCGGAGUAA